CUGCCAAACGACCAGGAAGUACCUAAACGUAGAGCUAUUUUAAUUGUGAGCAUACAUAUGAAUGAUUGUGUGUGACGACUUCCAAUGAGAAAAGUGGAAGAUGAAAUUUGAAAAGAAAUUUUCAACGCAACCACACGAAAUCGAUAAGUUCGCAGGAAAAUCAGAUAUUUUCAGACUGCGCGACCGUGUUUUUCGCUGAAAAAUUUGCUAAAAUUGGUGAAAAAUUUUAUUAUUAUUAAGAAAUUAUAAUAUUUAACAGAAGUGGUGCUGAAAAGUGUGAAAAUCUAUAGUGUUACGAAUAUUAUAAGCAAUUUGUUUAAAUGAAAAAACGACAACACAACGAAGUGGAUAUGUCGAAGAAAAGUCUAAUAUGUCCGCAUUUUAAUUGAAAAUAGUCGUUUGCUAAGGGUAAAAAGUAAAAUAACGUAAUCUAUCAACUGCGUCACUAACGCAAUAUCGAAACAAAAAAAAAAAAAUAAACAAUUAGAGUAAUAUUUUUCCAAAUCUAUCUUGAAGUGGUUGCGCUGAGUGCAGUUCAAAGCAAACACACUCGAAAAUGCAGCCCCCGCCACGUAAGGGAAAUUAUGUGAAAUUCUUAAAGAAUUUACACACAGAGCAAGUGGCCAAAUUGCAAUUAAAGAAUCAACAUGAAUGCGAUUUGCUCGAGGACAUACGACAGUUCACCAUCAAACGCUCCGCCAUUGAGAAAUCCUACAGCGAAUCGUUGCUGAAGAUCUCCUCGCAGUAUUUGAACAAAAAAAUACCAAAUAUACCAGAUAUAAAAAUGGAAGGAAUGGAGGAGAGAUGGAAUAUGUGGAGCGUUUGGCGUACGGUACUUGAAGAGAAUGAGAAGUUAGCACGCGCACGACUCGCAGCUAUCGAAGUGUUCCAGCAGCAGAUUGCUGACGAAGCUAAAGUGCUGCGCGAUUACAAAUUGGCCAUUUCCAAAAAGUCACUGUCACAGAUAGUGAAUGUACAAAAGGAGUUGCAUCUCAGCGUAUCCGACGUCGAUAAGACAAAAAAGCAAUAUUUCGACGAGGAGCAUUGCGCACACGAUGUGCGCGAUAAAGCACGAGAUAUUGAAGAGAAACUGAAGAAAAAGAAGGGUUCAUUCUUCCAAUCGAUCACUUCGCUGCAAAAGAAUAGUGCACGUGUUACAUCACGCAAAGAAUUGUUGGAGGAGAAAUCGACGGGCGCACGCAAUGACUACAUACUCAGUUUGGCCGCAGCAAAUGCACAUCAGAAUCGUUACUUCACAGUCGAUCUGCAGACAACGAUGACCACUAUGGAGAAUUAUGUAUUUGAACGAGUAGCCGAGUACCUGACACUGAUGGGCCGCACCGAAUUGCUCACCUGUUCGGCCACACAGAAUUCGUUCGGCAAAAUACGUGAUCAAGCACAGCAAUUGACGCGCGAAUACAAUUUACAGUGCUGUUAUCUCUUCUAUCCAGUAUUAAAACAACACAUACAAUAUGACUUCGAACCGUGCGAUAACGAUCCGAUAAGAAAGAUUACCACCGAACAUGAAUCGGCAUCGGAGACACUUACGAAAGAGGCUAAGAAUUUGGCGGGACGUGUAGUGAAGGAGAACGUGGCUAUACGAGAGGCCGCAAAGAAAUUAGCCAUUUGUGUGUCUUUACGAGAUUCGGGACAACGCAGUGAUCCGAACGAUCCUAAUGGACCAGAUUUGGACACGAAAAUUGAAGAGUUUAGGGAUUUGAUUCGCCGCUCUGAAACGGAGAAGGCAAAGGCUGAGGCAUGUUUGCAAAGUUUGCGUGAGGGUGGCAUUAAUGUUGACGAAUGGGUGCAGGAGGCAGAGAUUAUGGGCGUACAGGAAUUGGCACGCUCAGCCAGUUCCAUAUCUAUGCGUACAGAUGCUUCUGGACAAGGAGAAAAUCCAAGUUCGGACUCAUUCUACGACAGUGACAAAGAGGACGCAGGCGGUGUGCAGGCAGGAGUGGCUGCCAAGUCUAAAGUCGAGAAGGAGUUGUCUCGAGAUAAGACAUUUAGUGACAGUGAUGAGGAUGUGGAAGAACGUGUACCGGAACCAAUUGCUGCUGCUCCGAUGAUGGCCGCAACUACCGGUUGGGAUGAUCCCACUGAAGUCAACUGGGGUGCUGAGGAAGAGGAGGAGAAAGACGAAUCCAUUGUUCCUGAACCGAAGGAAGCUAUUUUCAAAUGCACCGCUUUGUAUAGCUACACUGCUCAAAAUCCAGACGAACUGACCAUUGUCGAGAACGAACAGCUAGAGGUGAUUGGCGAGGGUGAUGGUGAUGGCUGGUUGCGUGCACGUAAUUAUCGCGGUGAGGAAGGCUAUGUGCCGCACAAUUAUCUGGACAUCGAACAGGACACUGCCGUUAACGGUAGCUCAGGCAAUCAAUUGCGCUCACAAAUCUCAUUCUCAUCUGUCGAUUAUACCGUUGACAAUGAAGAUCAAACCGUGGAUUCCAUGCAGUCACCCGAUCAGGUCUCUGUCAUAAUGGCGCCACAGAAACGGAAGUCCGAUAUACUCUACUGCAUAGCCUUGUAUGACUACGAUGCGACUGCCGAGGAUGAGCUCACCUUUGAAGAGGGUCAAAUUAUUAAGAUUGUCACAAAGACGGCGCAUGGCGUAGACGAUGGCUGGUGGGAAGGUGAAUUAGAUGGUAAAUUUGGUAAUUUUCCAUCGUUGGUAGUUGAAGAGUGUGAUGAGAAUGGUGAACCGUUGUCGGAAGGUGGCGAUGAGUCACCACCACCGACUGCACCGCCGAGUUUUGCGCUUCCACCCGCACCCGCACUACCGCCAGAGUAUGCUCACGAACUGACUGAAGAUAUGUUCGAAUCGCAGGAUACUGCAGAUGAUGACAGCGGCUAUAUACCGAACGGCGGCGCACCCAGCAUGCCUCCACCAGUGCAAAGUAAUAAAGCCAGCAUCAAAAAGGUACUCAUACAAGAGCCUGGAAUGGAGGACGAUAUCAGCGACGAUGGUAAUCCACCACCAUCGCUGCCGCCGCCGGCUUUAAAUGUCGGACCCAGCAAGGAAGGUAAUUCUCUAAAUUUAGGUAUGGCACAAAUAAUUGUUACUGCCGCAACCCCAAUGGUUGAAGACGGCACAGAUAAAUCUUUCCCUCCGGUAGGAGAGAGUGAUGGAGGUAGUGCAGCUGCAGCAACAGCGAAAACUGCCAGCAACGGCGACGACAAGCCGGUUAAACAGAAAAAGGUGGAACCGAAACCCGUGGUGCAAGUAGCAGCUGAUGAAAAUGAGAAUCAUGAGGACGAUACACAUUCAUCCGAUCAGGAUCCGGACUCCGAAGUAAAGACCUUACAAGAGGCCGAAGACCCAUUUAACGAAAAAGGUAGCGUAGCUGACGCUGGCGAUGGAUUCGAGGCAAAUUUCGAAGCCAACUUCGAUGCGAAUUUCGAUGACGCUUUUGCCGGUGGCGCACAAUCUGCCGAUAUUAAUGCCGAACCAAGCGCCGACGACGUUCAAGCACCUAAACAGGUUGUAGGUGGACGUGCAAGCAUACCCGAGGAAUUGGAUUCCAAUCAAUUGGCACGAUUGCAAAAUCUGAAGGAGUCAAAUGCUUAAACAGUAUUAGAAAAAAAAAUUAACAAUACUUGCAUUUAAAGAUAAACAUACCGAAUGAAAUAAAAAUGCACUAAGGAAAAGCGACAAUUAAAGUAUUAUUGAGUAAGCAUUAAGAAGAGGAGCAAAUCUGAAGGUAGAAUGAAUAUACAGACAUACAUACUAGUAUAUAUGUAUUAUGUAUAUACUUACUUGCUAAUUAUGUGUACUCACCGUAGAGUUGGAGCCGGCAAGUAAGUGGAAAUGCAAGUACGCUGAUUUCUAACGAAAACUUGACAUUCCGGUGAUCUUCAGUUUCUUCAAAAAGUUGCAUGUAAAGUAAUCUAAUUCAUUUUCGGUCUUUAAAUGCUUUGUAUCACACACAUGCUAUGAUUUCGAAAAGAAGUUAGAAAUUGUAAUAAAAAUAUAAUAUUAUGGGAGAGCCUUAAUGCCAGAAGAUAAUUGUACGCUGAAAUUUCACAGUUGUGUCAACUUUGCACCUUGGUAAAUGUACGUAAACUUAUAUAAAAUAUAACGACGAACUCUAAGAUACUCAUAUGUAUAUGACCCGCUUUCAUAAACCUCCACUUGAAUUGAACUAUUAUUAGGGAAAAUGUUAUACUUACUCUAAGUGCAUUCACAAAUACUUAUAAUUACGUAUAAAAACACUUAAAAUACUCGUACCACAUAUAUUAAAGUACAUAUUGCAUAUACUUAUUUAUUAGUGAAUUCAAAUCGUCUAACUGCAGUGGCAUGCCAAAAAUUUGAAGUAUUAAAUUUGAUUUUUUGCCUUUGAAUUCGAUAAGAAAUUAAAGUAUUAUUUUCUGCACCACUGUAGUUAUAAGAAAAAUCACGAAUGUACUUCAACAAAUGUGCUUGUUAGUUAUAUACUCUCAUAUACUAUUACAUACCUAUGUACACCUAAACAUUUACUUAUAGAUACUUGUAAUUACACAAACCAAAAUGAUAGCUAAAAUGCUGUAAAUCUAAUGAAAUAAAAUGUUAGCAAAGAAAGAAAAUGCAAUAAGUGAGAAUUAAAAGCAUUAUUAUAGCUAAAGAAAAGUAAAAACAAUAACAAAAAUUGCUGCAGUCAAUUGUUAAUUUAAAGUUUAAUAGCCAAGUACCUUCAGUGAAAUAUUCAUUUGCCAACAGUUAUAUACUCAUAUUAAUAUAUAUUUAAAUAUACAUAUGUAGAGCUGUUUUAAUAUUAAGUAAAUAUCUAUUUAUAAUUUAUUUAAUUAUUUUAGUAGACUAAUUAUAGAUUUUUUUUUAUUGUUAAGUUAGAUUUUUCAGUUAGACUCGUGCGUUGGGAAUGGCAUUCAAACUAAUUAAGUUUGGCAAGAAACUCUUUCAUUAAAUACAUAUGUAUGUGCAGCAGAAAAGCAAAAACAAAUAUAAUAAUUAAUUUUCCUUUUGAAAUAGAAUGCUGCUGUUUUCAAGGUUGAGGUUAGCUUAGGUUAGGCCAUUGGAUUGAAGUAUCAUUAGUUUCUGUUAAAACAAAUAUUUUUGAACUUGAGAUUAGGUUAGGUUAGGCCGUAGGGUUGAACUAUCGACGAAUAUGCCGGGGCAGCUACUAAUCUUAAUGCUUUAUUUUACCUUAAAACAACUCAAAAUGGAGGUUGAGCAGUCGACUCAUGUUUUUGAAAAACUGUAAAGCUUCAGUCUUUGUUAAUCCAAAGAAAGUUGUGCAUUCAUCGAUAAAUGUUUUUCAACACCAUGCAGCAACUUAAAUGCUCAUUCGCAUUGAUUUAUGCUAAGCCAAUGCGCUAGUGAAGUGGUGAGCUAAGCUACGACCUUAGCAGAGUAACAGUAGAAGCUUAGUGGAGAAAAACGCAAAUUAUAUUUUAAUUUCUUCUUUUUUAUGGAGAUACGUGAUUAUAGUACAGUUUACAAUAGCUUGAGAGGCUGGGAAGCAUGUUUUAUGUGGCGGGUCUUAAACCCAGCUCAUUCACUUUAGCUUGCUUCAGGCGGAUGUUUUUUGGCUCCCCAGAAGAUAUUUGUUCUAAGACCGGAAGUCGUAAGCUGGUUGAGACAUAUGUAUGUAAAAGAACAUGACUCUAUCUUCCCUAAGUUCUCCUUUGAGAAAUCGCACACGCACUUAGAUGUCCAACGAUUCUCCUUUUUUGAAUAAUUCUAUGAUUUCGAAAACUUGCCAAAAGUUUGUGUUCUUUCAACUUUCUUUUAUAUACACAUAUUGUUUUUCGAUAUCUUAAACAUUGCAAACUUAGUGGAUAUAAACUGAUUGUGACCAUUCUGAAAACUUAGUGCAUUUUCUGCACUCACGAAAGGCAGAAUAAAACUCUGUGCUCUGUGCUUGUGCUUGGGCAAUACUAUUUUACGCUCUUUGGAAGGCAACUUUACUUUCCGACUUAACUCAUCCUGAGUUAUUCUUUGAACAAGAAGUUCGUGAAACUAGUUGAAUCAAUUUGAUGCAACGCAGAAUCGGUGCAUUCGUUUGACUUAAUCCAAAGUUAGUUGAAUAUGAAAGUAUUCAGUAUUUUAAUACCUUCCUUCUCCCAGUAGACCAUCCUCAUAAACUUGUAGAGGUGAGCUGCAACGAGAUAAACAAAUAACGAAAUAUAUAACUUCAAUAAAAGAAUUUGGAAAAUAUGUAAAAUAUUUCAAUUAUAAUUAUUAUAAAACAAUAAUUAAUAAUAAUUUCCUUAACUCUGUAUUUAAGUUUUUGUUAUGUAGCUGAAAUUUUGUUAUGCAAUCCGUAAUGUUGGAAAACUUUUCUGACUUUAUCGAAAACGAAAGAAUUGAACAUAAAAUUAUUAAGAUAUGUUUAAAUAAAUAUUAAACACAAUGCCAAUAUUAGUGCUAUAUAUAAACAGGUCCGCAGAAAUAAUCGAUUACGAGAAUAAACAGCCAUACAUACAUACCAUACAUAAAUAUAUAUCAUACGUUCUCUCAUAUACAAUAUAUAUUUGAAAAGGAAAAUACAUUCAUCAAUCACAAGCUAUUCGAACAGUGUGUCUACAAAACCAUUUCAUAAGACUCAUAUGUAAAAGCCACACAUACAUACUUAAAGGGAACUCUAAUUUAGACUAAUUUAUUGAAGCAUGAAUAUUAGAAAAAUUGUACAAUAAUUUGUAGAAAAAGUUUAUAUAAAUACUGUUCUUAAUACUGUAAAGUUUUGUUGCGUUUUCUAUUGAAUUAACUAUUGAAAUGAAAGUAUUAUGUGUAAAUCCGAAAAAAAUUAAAACAAUUUCUAAUAGCCUGAAAUGUAAUGCAAGAACUAAAAAAUCCAAUCCAAUAAAUACAUAUAUAAAUUCUAUAA